UCCUCUGCGGAGCUGGGAGGCGUCAUCUGAGCGGCUCAGUGCGCACAUUCAGACUUCUGCAGCUUUAAGGCGCCGCGCGCUCAACCUGCGAGUUCUGGAAGCGUCUCUGUGAGGCUGACCUGCAUCCUGCAAACUGUCCCCGAGUCUCUGACCUGUUGAUCAGGAAUGGAUCUGGACCAUAGGAGGACAUUUGGCGCCUAUCUGUUACUGACCUGUGUGAUAAUCUGCAGUAAUGUGCAGAUUAUCAUCGGCGCGUCUCAGUACAACAACCGCUACGCAGGCGACCAAGUCUUCAGGAUUACCCCAAGUAACAACGCAGAGGUACGAGCCCUAAAGAAAAUCCUGGGACAGAUUAAGGUGGACUUCUGGCAGCCCAACAGUGCUUCUCUAAUCCAUCAAAAUGCCACGGUGGAUGUUCAUGUGAAACAAAAUGACACACUAGACCUGCGUACUCAAUUAAAGCUGGAAAGGAUCAAAUAUCGAGUGGUUAUUUCCAAUCUGCAGAGAGAAAUUGAAAAGCAGAUGGCACAUCGGUUCACUCGCAAGCGAAGGUCAGAGUUUCAGUAUGACUACGAGGUUUACCACUCACUGGAAGAGAUUCAAGACUGGAUGUUUGAGAUGAACAGGAGUCACCCUGAGCUGGUUACUAUGUUUUCUGUUGGAAAGUCAUACGAAGGAAGACCACUUUAUGUGCUUCAGCUAGGAAAGAGAAGCCGUCCUCAAAAGAAAUCCGUGUGGAUUGACUGCGGCGUUCAUGCCAGGGAGUGGAUUGGACCUGCUUUUUGCCAGUGGUUUGUCAGAGAGGCACUCAGCUCAUACAAGCAUGACUCCGUAAUGACACGACUACUGAACCAUCUUGACUUCUUUGUCAUGCCCGUCUUCAAUGUGGAUGGAUAUCGCUUCAGCUGGAACACGGAUCGUUUUUGGAGGAAAACACGCUCCAAAAACCGUAAGUUCCACUGCAGAGGAGUGGACCCAAACAGAAACUGGAAGGUUAAAUGGUGCGAGGAGGGAGCUUCCUUUCAUCCCUGUGACGACACCUACUGCGGGCCCUUUCCUGAAUCGGAACCUGAAGUCAAAGCUGUCGCCAAGUUUCUGCGCAAACACAAGAAGCACAUGAAGGUGUACAUAUCCAUCCAUGCCUAUGCACAGAUGCUGCUUUACCCGUACUCCUACAAGUAUGCUAGGAUCCCCAACUUUAACUGUGUGGAGUCAGCAGCUCAGAAUGCAGUGACAGCAUUAUAUUCUGCUUAUGGGGUUAGGUACAGAUAUGGACCUGCCUCCACAACUUUGUAUGUUAGCUCUGGCAGCUCUAUUGACUGGGCCUACAAAAACGGGAUUCCCUAUGCCUUUGCAUUUGAACUAAGGGAUACAGGACAUUUCGGUUUCCUCCUGCCCGAAUCAUUGAUCAAGCCCACCUGCACUGAGACCUUAAGAGCCGUGAAAACCAUUGCGUCGGGUCUGCUUAAGAAUUGCAAGACAGAGAAGACCAGAUUUCCAGAUAUAUGAAGACUUUUUUGAAUUUUAGAUCCUUCCUACCAGUUUUUAGGUGAAGAACUCAAAAUGACAUUCAACCAAAUAAUAUCAAUGAUUAGAAUUUGAUUUUUCUUUGAAGGAGCAGCCUCCUUUUGCCAGCAUAAAAUUAUUUUCUGCAAACAGUAAGGAUGGAAGCACUUGAUGGGCUAUGUUAGCACUUUAAACAUAAAAUAAAGACAACAAUUUUAUAUUCAAGCAAUUAA